AUGGCGCUGUCACGGGUCGUGGAUGCUCUUCACAGCAUUGGAAACACCUCCUACACCUACUAUCAAGACUCAUACAUGAUGUUCUUACCACUCCUCUUUGGCAGCAGCCUCAUGUCAAAUGUGUACAGCCAAGCAGUACCCCAGCAGGCUCUGGUUGUAGACCAGACGAGCUUCAACGCCUUGAAGACAGUGCCACCACCGUCAGUGUCCAACCUGACCUCGGUCUUCCUUCCACCAGGUAUCACAACGGAAGAAGCCCUUGCCAAACCCUUCCACGUCUAUGACGACGCCUUCUACGACAUCAUCGGCCCGAAUCCUACUCUGACGGUCAUUGCCAGCCAGGGUCUUGAUCCUCUCUUUCACGAGGCGGUUGUCUGGUUCGAGUAUCCUCCCACAGACGAGGUCUUUUUCGUGCAGAACGCCGGCGCAAAGGCUGCCGGGACGGGACUCAACAAGUCUAAUGCCAUCUUGAAGAUCUCUCUGAGCCAAGCGGCGGCUGUGUCGACCGAACGGAACGCCAGUGGCCGUGUAGAUGUCGUGACUGUUGAUGCAAACCCACAGAUAGUCAAUUCGAACGGUGCGACCAACUACAGAGGCCAGCUCGUCUUCACGGGCGAAGGUCAAGGAAACAACACUGCUCCAGCUCUCUAUGUGCUGAACCCGGUUGAACCCUACAACACGUCCGUGCUCCUGAACAACUACUUCGGCCGUCAGUUCAGCUCCCUCAACGACGUGGCAAUCAAUCCCCGCAAUGGCGACGUUUAUUUCACAGAUACACUGUACGGCUACCUGCAAGACUUCCGUCCUCCCCCGGCUUUGCCAAACCAAGUGUAUCGACUGAACCCGUCGACUGGCGCCGUUACGGUGGUUGCCGAUGGAUUCGAGCUCCCAAAUGGGAUCGCUUUCUCUCCAAACGGUUCCUACGCAUACGUCACCGACACCGGCGCACAGUAUGCCUUUUAUGGGUAUAACUUUAGCGCGCCAGCAUCAAUCUAUCGGUACACUGUCGAUGCCGAUGGCACAUUCAGUAACCGCAAGCUCUUCUCUUAUGUGUCUCCUGGCGUUCCCGACGGCAUCCAUUGCGACACGAAUGGCAACGUCUACUCUGGCGUGGGUGAUGGCGUGCAUGUCUGGAACCCCUCUGGCACUCUGCUUGGCAAGAUCUUUCUAGGCAUGACUUCGGCGAAUUUUAAUUUCGCGGGUAAAGGAAGGAUGGUGAUCUGUGCCGAAACACAGCUCUACUAUGCGACACUGGCGGCGGAGGGUAAUGUUGUUGCUAGUCAGAUGCCUCCUGCCUGA